UUAGCGUGCAACGAUUGAACCAUCUCUCACAAUACGGAUUACGGCCCUGAUUUAUAUCGUCGCCCCAUAGAUACUCACAGCCGGUGCCUAAACAUCUCGGUAGAUACAGAGAUUAUGUUGAGAUAUUUCAGUUUAUUACUAACUAAUACGCUUAUUACUAAUUACUACUGUAUUUAAUUUCAGUUAUCAUUAACUAUUGCUAUUAGUUUGAAGUUACUUCAGGGUCUGAGUUGCUACUCUUACACGGAGCAUUGCGUCUGAAUUUCUGAGAGCUUUCGGUAAAUGGCUUCCUCCUCCGAGCCCUUGUCUGAGGAACUGAAGCCGCUGCUGGAGGCCGAGCCCUUGUCUGAGGAACUGAAGCCGCUGCUGGAGGACGGGCAGAAGGCGUCCGCUGUCAAUGUCAAUGAGCUGAAGGCGUCCCCCUCUGAGCCGUCUGAUGAACCAUUCCUGAAGAAGGAGGAUGAGCUGGAGUCCCCUCUCACUGAGCCCUUCUUUGAGCCUCGGUCUGGGCCAGAGGAAAGUAAACCACCCUCCCCGGAAAUAAAUGAAGAGCCUGAAGAAGAUCAGGUAGCUAUUAACAUCCAAAGUUCAAAUGGUUCACCUCAAAUGGAUGCUGCUCGCCGAGGUAUUGUUUACCGGGUUCUGUCUAGAUUCGUUCCUAGGAGGCUGCGAUACUCAGCAAUGGAGACCCCGGCACCCCUAGCACCUCGUCCUCGUCCUAAACUGACAGGUUUCUUGAGAUAUGAACACAUCAAAGAAAUCAAAGAACUAGAAACUAAAAGAGACGAGUUGAAUAGAAUAGAGAUUGAAUUGGAUAAAAGGUGUGAAGAAAUUUUAGGACAACUAGUCUCCAACAUAAACCUUUAUGUUGGAAUGACUAGUGUAGCUUUUGUGGGGGGGUUUCUGAUUCAGAAUCGUGACAGUCUUUUUGGUCUGCUUAUUCUCAUGGCCUUCACUUUCUGUGUGGGGGUAGGAUUAACAUUCUAUAGUUGUUAUAGGAGCUUAGAAAGGUUAAAAUGGAAAAAGGUAAAAACAAGAUCCGAAUUAAAAAAAUUGAGAGACAGAUGUUUGGAGUUGCAAAUUCAAAUUGAUACUCCUUAUGUGUGUCCCCCAACUAGAGAAGCAGAUUUGUCUAGGCUUUCUGCGGAUAGCCGACUUAAGAGAAUGUUGGAUACUCUGCCUCGAGUAGAGAAAACAAAACCUGGUGAACCUGAACAAAAAGAGAGGUUUGUUGAUGAAUAUCUUGGAUUCUUGUGCAUCAGUGCCUUGACCUGCCUAUUCUACAUAAUCGGAAGUGUAGGGUGGGCUUACUAUAUGCACAAAGGUUCUGGAGAACAUAAACUGUUUCGGAUUGUGCCGGGCACCUAAUAUGCCAUUUCUGUUACUGGGAAAGGAAAGGAGUGAAUGUGAAACCGUGAAAGGAUGUACAUGAAGUCAAACAUGCAGUAUGUUUUGUUUAUAUUUUGGAUAUUGUAAUGUUUGAGUACUAAUGCAGUCUGACAGUAGUAUUUUUUGGGUAAUUAUAUAUUGGGUAGAGUAAAUUUUUGUUAAAAAUCAAUGACUGGCAGGCAGCAACACUGUUUUGUUAACAUAUUAGGGAAUUACAACUUUUCGGUGGUAGACAUUAUGUUUUAUUUACACAGAGGGUAUUCUGAGGUUUCGUGGUAUGUUUCUUCUAUGUAAUGUUCACUUGAAUUAGAUUCAUGCAAUUCCA